AUGGCUGCACAACAACAAGAACUAGAUGAGAAGAACCCAUUCUAUGAGUUAGUAGUCAUUUGUAGUACUUCUGGUCAAUUUGACCAAACCGUCAAUUCGUUCAAAGAUAUUAUAAAGAAGUCUAAGUUAGUAUGUAUAAAAGACUCUGAGUUGUUAGAUUGGAUAAAGAAGUACCAAAGAAGAGUUUUGAAGUACAAUGCUAUAAAUGAGUAUAUAAAUUCUAAGUUUAAAGACCCAAAUGAGGAAAUGCAGAGAAUAUUAGAGAAGAAACACUUCAGAAACAAACAGAAAGAGAUAGAAUACAUUUCGAAGAAAUUGCAAUCGUACGAUUGGAAGACAUACCCUCAUAGGUGUCUUCUUAUCUUAGAUGACUUUGCUUCUCAUCCUUUGCUUAAGAACAGAGAACAAGAUAUGUGUCGAAUUCUUAAGAAGCUCAGACACUUUAACAUCUCAGUUGUCAUUUGUGUACAGACAGCCAAGAGUUUAAGUAAGGAUGUAAAGAGAAUACUUACUGAUAUCAUACUUUUCCCCGGAUUGUCCGAAGACGAUUUCAUGGAACUUAUGAAAGAGUCCAUGGCAGGUAAGUUUGACAGACAUGAACUAUGGGAGAAGUACAAAGUCAUACAAGACCCUCAUACUUCUUUCAGAAUUCAUAUCUACGCAAACAAAGUUCAAAUUGUAAAAAGUCAAGCUUGA